CUCGCUUCCGAAGGCAAGUCUGCGCGGCGCUUUUGGGUUUUUUGCGGCGCGUUUCGCUUAAAAAGGAGGCUCGUGUGGAAAACCUGAACUUGUUGACCCCAGGGGUUUUCCCUUGGUGUGGAAGAGCCCCUCAUGAUGCUGGAGGGUUCCUACAGAGCUCAGCCCAGUCCCUGCAGGGGUGCGGGCUGCAGCCCGGGCCCCGCUCUCCUGUCACGAACUGAUGCACCACAGCCGCCGCCCCCAGCGAUGCUGAGGGGACCGUGGGCCCGGGGGAUGCCGCCGAGAUUGGCAGGGCUGAAAUUUUUGGAGGCUGAGAAAGGGAACAAUGAAGCAGGGGUUGCUCAGGUGAAUGCCUUUGCAGCGACUCCGGUCUUUUUUUAAAUUGCAGGGAACUGUGACACGAAUCCCCGCUGGUGUCAAUUGGAUUGUGCUGAGGGGAGGGAAUUUCCCUUCUGUGUGUGUGAUCAGGGAGACCCAGCCAGUCCUCCAGCUUGCCCUGAUUAACAGUGCUCAGGGAGCACACUGAGACAGGAGGCUUUGACCAAAUACUUUCAACACUCUUAAGAUUUAGAAGGAAAAAUUGAGAGUUCCUAUUGUUGCACUUCUUGAAUUGUUUUGCCUAUUAGCUUGGCUGUGCCUUCCUGCUGCCAGCCAAGAACAACUUUCCUCAUAGCUUCUGUUUUAUAAAUAUGGAAUGGCUGAAAGGAGUGCAACCAUGUGCUAAAAAUAGCUGGGUGUAUUCAGGUUAGGCGUGUUUCCAGACUGGCAGCAGUAACACGGUCGUAUUUUUAAACCACCCCAGCUGAUUAUACACAGAGCACGCAGGUUUAACGAUGAAUGUAAAAUUGAGGCACCCUGGGAUGCUCUCUUGCAGAAGUACCAGCCUGGCUAGUGUUGCACUUCAUCUGGUUUUAUUUGAGGACUGCAUUGCAUUGUUGCCCUGGAUCUUAGUGCAAGCCUUGGUAGCUGUGUGUUACACUCAACCUCAAGUCACCCAGAGUAACUUCCUUUGCUGUUAGCCUUGAUUAUCUUCUUAUUUUUAUCACAUGGAGAAAAGUUUGCUGUGGGUGAGGACCCCGGUGUGCCAGGAGCUGUGUGAGCAGAAGGCAAAACCACAGCCCUUGGCUGAAGGGGGUUUAUAAUUCAAGUUGAGGGGGAGAGAUGUGCCUGUGUAUGAGAGCAAUAGGAGACAGCAGGACCCUCCAGACCAGUGUGAUAGUCAGAAGCCAGUUGUUCCCAUCUGCUUGGCAAAGGAGAUUUUACAGAAGAGAUUUGAAGCAGAAGAGCCUGCUCAUCUGCCCUCCCAGCACAUGCUUGGUCAAAUACAUGACAAGGAGGCAGUGGAGCCUGGUGUCAACAUUUGGCCAAAAAUGAAACCAGCCCUUUUAAAUCAUUGGAGGUGAUGCAGGGGCAAGUGGAGGGAGACUAGAACAGGUUUUGAAAGUCAAGAGGUUUUGGUGCAGUGGGGAAGUGGAGGGAUGGGCAGAGAGGUGAUGUGGUUAUAGCUAUGGCUUAGAUAAAUGAGCCUUGCGGCAGCACCCAGGGUGGAUAAAGAAGUAAAAGAUUGCAUUUCAAGGGAAAUGAGUGUUUGGAAAACCAGAGGAUGAUGAUGAUGGACAAGAGUUUUAUUUGUGUAAGUGGACAAGAAAUACAUGUCAAUACAUAUGAAGAAAUAUAUAUAUCAUAUAGAGAUACGAGAGAAUUAAUGCUUCAAUCCCAAGAUAGAGAGAUGAAGGUUAUAGAUCUACGUGGAAUACGGGCUGGCUGUGUCAGGUUUGGACACCGAGGGGCUGUGCAGAAGAAGGCCUCUUGGGGAAGGCUGGGGGCAGCGAGCUACCUGUGAGCUGGUGGUCAUCCACAGUCCGAAUACCGGCACAGGGGCCCAGAGUUCAGCUGAUGCAGGAAGAUGGUCUGCAGCAAGAGGGCCCAUCUGUGAGUAUCUGGCAGGAAGCUUAUCUGAAGAGGUGUAACCUGCUGAAAGAUAAGAUCCAGAGUAACGUCAGGAAGGAAGAAAGAAAAGCUUAUGGUACUCACAGAAACUGCAGACGGAAUGGGAGUAAUUGCAGAGUUUAGAGAGGAUGAGGAGUGACAUCUGUGGGGGACAAGACUUUAAAGCUAGAAGACUGCUGUUGGAGACUUUGACAAAAGGAAUUUCAAAUGAGUGCAAUGAGCAAAAACCAGACAGCUCUUUAGGGUACUCCACAGGCUCCCUAAUCAGUGUCCCUAUGGCAGGAGUAUAGUUUUUCUGCAGCUGUCAGUGCUGCAGGCCAGGUCAGGAGCUCAUUGUUCUUGUGCCAUGCAUUGCUUGGGUCACUUUGCCAAUUCCCUUCAGUGGGCAGCUCUAGACUUGUAAGAUGCUUGCUUUCCCAGUCUUUAUCUGUGUCCCAUCUUUAAGCUAACCUGUAGCCCUCUAUCUUCUGCAGUUACUUGUCUGACCCUUUGAUUUCACAUAAAUAGACAAGUUUUAUUAUCAACAAAUAGCUGACUAUAGAGAGGUAUUCCUCUCUCUGAUCCUCCAGGGAGCCUGUGUGAGUUGCAACUUUUCUUGGGCUCCUGAUCUUCUUGGGAGGGUUGGUUGUGGCUGCAGUGAUACGGGCAGUUUCUUCCGUCUCGCAGACACAUUGUCCUCAGCAGCCUGCCCGGAGCAGCGUGCCGACCCAAGGGUGCUGCCGCAGGACCCGGCCAGGUGGCUGGGGCACCUCAAGGCCAGCACACCCUGAGGCGCAGUGAGGAUUUCAGAACCUCUUCGUUUGCUUUCUGGUCCUUUUCUGUACAAGUUUCUUGGUGAAUGUGUGUGAAGAGUUAAUAUUCACGCUGUUAGUCGUCAGUCCCUUGACUGUACAGGUUUGGGCUGUGAUGUGCGGUUGUUCCACACUCUUCCCACAGCCCAGGUUGUGGCUGUGCUCAGGAAGGUAAAGAAAAUUGAGUCAUGCGUAUUGUUAAUAAAAAUGUUGCAAAAAUUUCCAUAGACUCCCCAGCUCAAUCUUGCAGCAAAUAACCAAGUGUGUGAGAAACUGCCUGCACCCUAAACCACCGUGGUUUUAAUGUGGGACUGCCCAGAGUGCUCUGUAGUUAAGCAUGUUUGUCUCUGAGGGGAGGAACUGAUAAAGCAAGUUUUUGUAUGUAAUAUACUGACAUUUGCAUACAGGGAUUCUCUAAAGGUAAGUAUGUUGCUGUGUGCUAAUUUUGCAGAAGAGAAUAUUGACAUGUAGAAAUUAUUAUUAUUGCUACACAAAGGCACCCAGUGACUAACCAAACCUCAAGGAGAAGAACAAUCUGCAAAGCAGUUUUUCCCAAACUAGUCACUGUGAGACAUGCAAUGAUCAGACCUGUGUGAAGUCACGUGAUUUUCAGUCCUGUCUGCUAUAUCCAUAUGGUUGAAACUGGAAUGUGGCCCUUACUAACUAUGAAAGAAACAAAAUCAAGGGUUUAAUUUCUAAAUAUUGCCUUAGAGACAGCAGGUACAAACACUUGCCAGGUGACAUAUUCAAAGAAAGAUAUUAUGGAAGGCUGCAGGGCAUUCUCUAUUAAAAAAAAACCCACCUUGUCCAUUUGUCUGUCUCACUGUCAUCAACAUUAAGCCUUGUGUCGUGGCAGUUUUUUUACUGAGGAAUUAUGGACAUGGACCUUGGUGAUGUCUGAGAUGCACCUUGAGGUCACUAAAACCAGCGAUGCUGCUCACUGUUGGGAGCACUAAAGCUAAAACUGGUGCCAACGGCGAGAGCGGGGCUGGAUGCUGCCCAUGGUGUGCUUAGCAUCCUUCUUACACAGCAUCUGUGUAAGGUGCCAAAUGGGACAGUUCUGCCAUUCGCCCCUCACAGCAGGUCCCUGCACUGGGCUCAUCCAGCCCGUGGCAGCGGCAGGGCUCACUGUGCAGUUCGUACCUCUGUAAAUCUGCAGCCUGUCCGAUUUGAUUUCAUGGGAAAGCCUUCUUAAGAACACAUCCUUUCCCUUGUGUUUUUUUUUAAGAAAAGAAAAUGGUGACAAUAUUUUCUGUCACUGCUUUCCCAACAGCAAGUUUGUGUCGUCCCUGAUAACAUUUGGGUUUUGACAUUAGCGGUUGCCUUUUCAGUGAGGACUGUGACUAGGAAAAUGUGUGUCCGUAUGUCAUUAAACACGUGUGUGUUAGAGCAAAAUCCACAGAACUCAUGAAUUCCUGAGGCUGCUGUGCAGGGAAUCGUUUACUCCUGGGACAAGGGAACGUGUCAGAAGAAGGGGGUGGCCAGCCUUGGCAAAGUUUGAAUUCAUGCUAGUGAUUCGGAUGAAUAACCAUUGAGUUGAUCCAUAGGUUUCUGUAUACAUGCUGAUUAAGUUAUCCACUAAGACUAAGUCAAAGCGUCAGAGGCAUCAAAAAUUAAAACCAAGACUCACUUAUGCCUUUAGUAGGUGUUCAUGGCCAAACCGACUAAAUGGUCAAAGCACCUAAGUCCUGGAUAGUGUAUCCCCUUGGGGCAGGGAAGGAGAUGUAAACUUUAAGGCCCCAAAGACCUAGUUCUACAAAAGGUGUAAUGGCCUAUUAUUUGCUAGGAAAAGUGAGGACCUCACUUUGGCUCCAAUACACUAAAAGAAAAAAAAAAAUCAUUAGUUGUCUUGCUCUCCACCCUUUAGUGUUGCCUAUUUUCAGUAACUUCUGUUUCCUUGUUUUGUUCUUGUGUCUCUCUUUCUUUUCCUUCAUUUUCUUUCCUAAAUGCCGUUGCUUUCUGUAUUUUCGCUCACCUUCAUCCCCUUGAGCCUGCUUUGAACUUGAUCAGGGUUUCAGCUCUGCAGUUGGUGCUGGAGGGCUGCCCAUGAACAAUAACACCGACCUAUUGCUCUCUACUCAUCUGCAGAGUGAAAUUGUUUAAAAUUAAGAUCCUGCUCCUACUCAACUUCUCCAUUUGGGGUUUUCCCCAAAGCUUCCCAGAAGCAGAUGGUGCUUCCUGGAGCUGUGCUUGCAGAGCAUGAUGCUUUCUGCAGUGCUGCCUCCUCUUGAUGAAACCAUCCAGCUCCAUCCUUCCUUCAGAGCUGCCGGCUUCAAGGAAAAGCCCACGUAUGAGCUGUUUUGCUGUUCUGGUGUCAGCCUGUGCAGAGGUUGUGAAUAGUCAACAGCUUGACCAGGGUGGUUUAAAAAACUUGACUGUAGAAAUGAGCUGAGACUGCAUCUAGAAAUACAGAUUGGAUCAAUUAAAUUGAUCCCAGAAAGAAGCAGCAUACCUUCAAAUCGAUGCCUUUCCCUUUGCUACUGACUUCAGCAAUAACUUGUCUGUUCCAGAGCUUCAGGGAAGGUUCAGGAAAACAUGCAGUAGGUUGAGAUGCCUCCUGGGAGGGAAGAUGGAAAUUGAAAUAGGUUAGAAAUGCCCUGGGAGCAAGCUUGGUUAAAGAGAAAAGGCUAAAGAGGGUAUGUGUUAGAUUUACUACAACACAGAAGCUUUCCUUGGAAAACUAGGAUUUUAAAUUACAGGAGAAUUAAAAUCUUUUGCUUGUAUAGAAAAUAACAUACCCCACUUUAGGGGAGGGGGAAAAAAGAGACUAGAAAGCCAGGGGAGGUGGCAGAGGAAAAUAAGGGAAGAGUGGGGUUAGGGAGGGAGCCCGUGGUGCUGCCACGAGGGCAGCAGGUUUUGGUCCAGGGAAGGAGGCUGACACAGAGUCAGCAGAGGGGAAGGCUGCCAGGGAUCCUGUGUGCACAAUUAGGCUCAGGCUACAAACUCAUUAGACUUUAUGGCCACUUAAAUUAUUACAAAACCAAAUAUAAACAUUUAUUUUCUCAAAAUGGAUUUUAUCUCAGUUGGAGACUUCUGUUCUAAAUGCAAAAUGCCCGUGCAGCCUGUGGCGUGGGUUGGUGUAGUCGCUCUGUGACCGAGCUGGUGCUGUUUCCUCCCUGAGCCGUCCCUGCGCUUCCUGCAACCAGCGGGUCCUCCCGGGCUCGCCAGGGCGACCAUGGGGGGAGCUGCAAGGUUGGACCCAGCUUUUCCUUAGGACCUUAUGUGUUUCCUGCUGCCUAUGUAUUUUUUUUCUUUGGUCACAUCACUCAUCACUUUUGUGAAAGGUGAAAACUCCUCUGUAUCCUGGACAAAAGCCAUGGGAAAAGUUCCUGGUAAACUUACAUUGCUCCAACUGGUAAAAUCUGCAGUCCCUAUAUAAACGCAGUAAGGGAAAAUACUUUUCAAUGGCUUGCCUUCUGUCCUAACACUUUAAAAACAUUUUUAGACAUGAUCUUUUCAAAGCUACGCUGGGGGAUUUCCACUCCCUUGCUGCUUUAAAAUGCUCGUACUGUUGUUUUAACCACAAAGCUUACGCUGGCACACACUCUCUCUCUCUCGCUCUCUCUCUCAUUUUCUCCCCAUUGAGGAGCAGCUACAGUGUUCAGGUACCGCUUUACGAAAACGUGCCUUGAUAAUGCUGGUGGGAGCCUAACGUUGCCAGCAUUGUUUCUCAUCUCUGAAGGGCUCUUCAGGUGUGAGCCGUGGCACUCAGGGGUGUGAGCGGCACGGGGUGCGCUGGGGCAAGUCUGCAGACCCUGGAACACCUCAGGAACUGAGUUCAUCGCUUGAACUGGCAAAGCAGUGCUGGAGUGCCAUAGGGGCAGGAUUAAUACAGCCAAACACGUGCACAUAAUUAAGUAAAACUUUGAAAAAUAGGAUUAGUUUACGGCUAUAAAUGAGUGAUCAACAGGAAAAAGACGGAUGGCAAGUUAAGAGGCUUCGACUCCUGUAACACCUAAACUGAAGUUGGCACUGCAUUUCCCUCCAAAAUCUGUCGCACCUGCUGCAAAUGAGAACAGCCGAGGUGCGUGACUGCCGGUGAGUGUUUGAAGGGAUUCCCCCUGUGUCUGGCUCCCAGUGCAGCUCCCAUGGCCUGUGACGAACCCGCUGGUCUCUCGGGCAUCUUCACGCGCCAGAACUCUGCCAGCGCCGUCUCUCUGGACUUUGAGCCUGACGCCGACUACAAGUUUGUCGAAACCUUAGAAGAGCGGUACAAGUGCGCCUACUGCCACCUCGUCCUUCGCAACCCCCACCAGACGGGAUGCGGGCACCGAUUUUGCCAGCAGUGUAUUCUUUCUUUGAGAGAGUUGAAUGCAGUACCUACCUGUCCUGUUGACAAAGAAACAAUAAAAAUGCACGAGGUAUUCAAAGACAACUGCUGUAAAAGAGAAGUUCUCAACUUGCAUGUGUUCUGCAAAAACAUCCCUGACUGCAAUUCGAAAAUAAUUCUGGGGCGAUAUCAGGAGCAUCUUCAGCAGUGUUUGUUUGAAAGCGUGCAAUGCACUAAUGAUGGAUGUAUCGAUCAAAUUCCUCGGAAAGACUUGAAAGAACAUUUGAGCCAGCACUGUAAAUUUCGAGAAGAAAUGUGUCAGUACUGUAAUAAAUCUGUGGUGUUAAAUAACAUAAAGAAUCAUGAGAAAAAUGACUGUCCUGAUUAUCCUGUGCCUUGUCUUCAGAACUGUUCACAAAUAAUUCUGAAAAAGGAGAUUGACAAGCACCACGCUGUGUGUCCUGAGGCAGAAGUGGACUGCCCGUAUAAGCAGUAUGGCUGUCUUGUGAAGGUUAAAAGAGGAAAACUUGCUGAACAUGAAAACGGCGCCCUGAGGGAACACAUGCUGCAGAUUUUAGACAAGAACUCCCGGUUGGAAGAACAGAUAUCUGACCUGUAUAAGAGCCUGGAAUGUAAAGAGAUUAAAAUUCAGCAGCUAGCGGAGGCCAUUAAUAAGUGUGAGAAAGAAUUCAGACAGUUUACACAACUGUUUGGUAAAAAUAGCAACUUAAUGGUCAGCACACAGGCUCUGGCCAGCCACCUGGAUAAGUCUGCACGCCUGGAAUCUCAGGUGAAACAGCUCAUACAGAUGGCAAACCAGCAGCAAAAUAAAUUAGACUUGCGACCCCUGUUUGACACAAUUGAAAACAUAAAACAGAAGAUUGCCCUGAUGGAGACAUAUGACCAGCGCUUGGUUGUUUUGGAAGGUCAGUCCAGCAAACACGACCUCCAGAUCAAUAUUCACAAAGCACAGCUCAAUAAAAAUGAAGAACGAUUUAAGCUUUUGGAAGGCACAUGCUACAAUGGGAAAUUAAUCUGGAAAAUCACAGACUACAAGAUGAAGAAAAAAGAAGCGGUGGAAGGCCGUGUCCUCUCCAUAUUCAGCCAGCCCUUUUACACCAGCCGCUGCGGGUACAGGUUGUGUGCGAGAGCCUACCUGAACGGGGAUGGUUCAGGAAAGGGAACACACGUCUCUCUCUACUUCGUAGUGAUGAGAGGGGAGUUUGACUCGCUGCUACUCUGGCCUUUCAAGCAAAAAGUUACGCUUAUGCUUUUGGACCAAAGUGGGAAAAAAAAUCACAUCGUGGAAGUGUUUAGAGCUGACCCCAAUAGCAGCAGUUUCAAAAGGCCAGAUGGAGAAAUGAAUAUUGCCUCUGGAUGUCCACGCUUCGUGCCACAUACUGUCCUGGAAAACACAAAGAACACCUACAUUAGAGAUGACACUCUGUUUUUGAAAGUGGUUGUGGAUUUAACCGAUUUGGAGGAAUUGUGAAAAGUGUGCCCGCUCAGUGUGACUGCUUUAACCCUUCAGAAAUGCUUUCUUGGUGACUACCAGCCAUGCAAUAGUGAAUUGCCACUAGUCAAGCUACUGAUACCGUUUCGAGGCUUUUGGACCGCCUAAGAGAAUGAAUUGCCAAAGCAUCAGCCUUUCCUUUUUUAACCUUUUCUCAAGACUGCAUUUUUAAGGCAGCUAGAAGUCCAGUUUGAUGUGAACAUGCGUUUGACCCAGACUUGGCUCGGUCCAGGCUGGGGGGAAUGCUUGGUUCACAUCACCAGACUGGUGUUUGGAGAUGAAACUCCCUCAGUAAGCCCCCUGGAGCCCAAGCAGGCCUAUGGGCUCCUGUCCCUCACACUGAACUGAAGCCAUGCCCAAGUGUGCAAGUACAUUUCACCUGUCUGAAAUGGAAACAUUUCAACAUUAGCACAUUUGAAUCAAUGCAUCUGGAUCCUUCCAUCUCCUGGAUUUUUGAAGUGGGAGAAUGACUUCAGUUAGGCAGGGAAAAAAAUUGUCCUGGGAUCUUGCUGCUUUUUUUUUUUUUUAAUUUUAAUUGUUCUUUCCAGACAGCCCAGAGGAAGAUGCCAAUGCCUCUUACUUUUCUAGCAUGGUAUUUCAGCUGUAUAGAGUACCACCAGGUCACAACAGCUUCGUUAUGUCCUUUCUGUUCCUGCCUAGUGCCUUGGGACUGAUUUCCACUGCUGGUAAACAUUCACAGUCCCCAUCUGAAGUCAAAAGAAGCUGCAGGUGCUUCUCACCUCUCAGGACACAGCCACAAGUGGGGUACUCGGCCAGUCUGCCAGCUCUUGGCUACGCUGUUGGAAGAAGAAGGACAAAACCCUUGUAGUUUUGCUCCCACAUCUGCACAAGAGAGAUGUUUUCUGUCUUACCAGCUCUACAAAAGGCAGGAAGAGCUUUGGAUAUCUGCUUGGGAAAAAGCCCACGUAACAUGCACCGUUCCCCUCAGCUAGAAAUUUGAAAGUUUGGGAAAGAAGGGGGAAAAUGGAUUAGGGAGUGAGAUUGCUGUAAGAACCAAAUUCUCACAGGUAGUGCAGCUCUAGUGUUUGUUACAGGGUGAGGCAGUUGCUGAGGAACAACUGCUGACUAUGAAGUACGUCUGAAGAUCUUAAUUUUUAUUCCAAGUUCCUUCUAUCCUGCAAGGGAAUGUGUGCAUUGUAUGGGGUUUAUUGCAGAGGCGCUAAAACCACCAAGAUCAGGCACUGAGGAACAAGUGACAAAGAAUACACGUGCCUUUUAAAAGCCUUUUGGGUGCCUGUAAGAGGGAUGUAAUUUUGCACACUUGGUCAUUUUGUUAUUACAAGUGACAGAAUUUUGUGUCUCUCAUCUCUCACGGAUCAGGUAGUGAAACACCACAACAUUAUCCAUCGCUCCUGCGGUCCACUGGCAGAGUAAACCUGGAGCUUGUUAAGAGACAGCAAGAAACCAAGCUGGGUUUAGAGUAAGAGUAAACUAGGCAGGAUAAAAAUCAAAACGGGGCACAGACUGCAAGGCAUGAGGUAGAAAAUUCAAGAGGGCAAGUGUGGCAAACUCAAAAAUGCCCUUUCUGUGUGGGAUGUUGAUAUUAAGUGAAAUAAUAUGAUUUGAGGAUUGAUACUAAGACGAAGGCAAAAUGCCAUAUUUUGUAUCAGUAAUCUCAUUGUUAGACAUUUACUUUCCCACACAGUUUCCAGGACACAAUUCAUACACAGAUAUUUUCAAAUUUGGGGGUGGAGAGGAAAACACCUUAUUUAUCUGUACCUCAUGGUGCAUCAGCACAUCUGGAAUCUUUGGUUUGGUCUAGAUAUCCUUUUUGCUGUAUGAUAUCAGGAUGUACUGGGCCACCGUAGGGGCUUUUUGUGUUCCCAAGGAUAGAUGGUGAGGAACUGAUUUUAUUCUUGUGUGCUGCUGUGGCUGACUUUAGGAGGCAUUUUGGCUGUACAACAGAGAGAAUUAGGCCUCAUGUCCCUAACUCUUUGUUGCAGAGAGAGCAAGCGUGGUUUGAAAAUGGUGUGGCAUUCUAGGACAUCAAUCCUGAGCCUCGGACAUGGACUUCAUGUUGACCAUCACUUUAAUAUUUGUCAUGUAACUUUCAAAGUGGCACAACUUGCAUAAUAACCACUAAAGACUGACUGAAAUGUACCGUUUGUGUUUCAUGGGACUCUCCAGUAUGUUGAGUGUAAAAUACAGAAAGCGAUAAAGAACUCGGACAGUCCAGGGAGGCAAGAUGGGAAGGGUGCGGUCUGUAUCCUGGCAAAUUCCCAGCCCUCUCUGCCUCCACCACCCCAAGCAUAAAAUGGGGAUAAUAAUACUUGCAGAAGUGUUGGGGCUAUUUAAGUGUUUGUGGGGAAUUUUGAGCAUGAAAAGAGCUAAGUAUUAUUAAAACUCCAUUUCUAAUUUUUAGAGUAGGUGAUGGCAUAGUGAUGUGGAUAAGUGUUUAGUGUGUUCCUGGGCAGGUUUCGAAAGCAUGUUCGGUUUUAGCCAGUCUGUACUGCAGUCUCUACCUACCAGUUGUGUUUAGGUUUUUGCCACGAAUAUUCCUUUUAAAGUUUUGAAGCACAAAUGAUUCAUCCUGGGUGACGGAAACAUCCCUUUUGAAAUACUGCCUGUUUUAUAAAGAAUUAGUUGAGAAAAAGAAUUUUUUAAAGGCAACCUUUAAAUUGGUUCUUUUUAUUACAACAACUGAGAGAUUUGUGUUAAAAUUUUCAGUGAUUUUUACUACUUGUGAACAGGAUUUUGAAUUUCAUCCCAUUCCUAAUAAAGAAAAAAGUGUCGUAUAGCAUGAAUUGUCAGGAAUAAUUUUGAUGUUGCAUGAAAAACACCAAAAGACUGUUCAAUACUAUUGUACUGGGUAAGUAACCAAAAGAACCUAGGGUAUUUCUACAUCUGCAUACAGUAUGUUUUUAAUGUAUUUAUUGACAGUUUGUAGUUGUUUGAAUAUCUCUUACUACAAUACAGGCAUUUUUCUAGCCAAAUGCCAUCACUGUAUAAGUAAACUAAUGUAAGAAUAAAUAAUUUUGCCAUCCUUCUGGA